AUGGGAGAAAGAACUAAGUUGGAAAAGAUCGCAGAAUACUGUGAAGAAGCCACAAAACAAAACGCUGAAAUCAUGGCUAGUCGUCCGAAAGCAGCAGCGGUCGACAAGGCAGGCGGAGAUAGCUUGUGCAGCGAUGGCGUGGUGUCGGCACCACUAUCAGAUGAACCUGGAGACAUUGACGCGUGGUCUUUAAUGGAGCCAACAGAUGUUAUUGCCAAAAUGAGGAAAGAUUUUUAUGAAUUGGCAGCUUCCAAAAAAUGGCAGGAACGAAAAGAGGCAAUGGAAAGUUUGUUGUCUGUUAUGGAAAGUGCGCCUCGUGUAGCCUUGUCGCCCGAUUUACAGCAAGUUAUCGUGACAUUGACUAAGAUUCUCGAGAAGGAUGUUAACAUAAACGUAAGCUCUAUAUGUGUUAAAGUACUGAGGAAGCUUGCCGAGAGUAUGAGAACUGAUUUUGCUGCAAUGGUGCCGAAGUUAAUGCCGAUAGCUUUUGAUAAACUCAAGGAGAAGAAAGCUGUUCUUAGAGACGAGCUAAUCCUACUAUGUGAUGCUGCUUCGUUCACGGCUUUACUAGAAAGCUACUCAGAAGCUAUAUGUGGAGGACUAACUAAGCCAAAUCCUCAGUCUAGAGCGCAGACGGCUCAGUUCACGUCCCGGCUGUUUUCGCGGCAUAGUGCUUCCACAAUACCUGUAGAAGCUGUCAAGCAGAUUGUUCCUGAACUUUUAAAAGUACUGAUUUUGGAAUAUGCCGAUAAAAUCAGGGAAGAAUUUGGCGAGAGGGCCUCUCCGGAAAUCAUUCGGCUUCACGAGUCCGCAUCCAAUAGGCAAAAGGCAUCUUCUUCAACAGAAACAGCUCCCGUACGUAAAGCGCCAUCGGGACCAGUAAAACCCUUACAGUCUACAGGAAGGGCUGCAACCCGACCUUUAUCAGGCGCAACAAGUGCAAGGAGUCGGGUAUCAACAUCCGCGUCAAAAAGUCCCAAUGUAAUGAAAGCUGCACCAAACCAUCCGCCUAAAGCUGUUACGGCUCAAGGACGUAUUCCUCUCACCUCUCGAUCACUACAACCUUCGGCCUCUGUGAAACCUUCGUCUUCUGUUAAGCAGAAUGCAGCCCCUUACGUACCUACACAAAGACGAUCUACAAAACCGGUUUUUGCACCAAAUGUUGUAAGAGCCACGACUGGUAGUCAGGUAAGGUCUAAAUGAAA